CCUCAACAAGUAGUAAGCAGCACGAUUGAGAGCCCAAUCGCAAAGACUAUGGCGCAUUUCGACAUCCCGCCACAGUACCAGGACCUGCUCGAGGAAGUAGCAGAAUUGUCCAGCCAUGCACUAAAGUCCGACGAAGAGGUUUUGCAACAGCUGCUCCAACAUGCCCCUGUGACCUCGGAAAAGUGCGUCUGGGCAUUCUGGGAUUCCGGCAUCGCGACCAUGCCGGCCUGGUGCAAACGCAAUGUCAUAGACUGGGUGCGCAUCUGCGGCGACUCCUGGACAGUCCGGGUACUGGAUAACGUGCCCGAGUCACCCAACUACGCCCUGAAAUUCCUCGAGCGUCGCGACCUCGCAGAUGCGUUUGUGAAUCGAACCAUGGACGGCCCGUAUGUUGGCCAGCAUGCUGCUGAUCUGGUCCGUGGGCCAGUACUCACGCGGUAUGGUGGUGUCUGGAUGGACGUCGGCUCCAUCCUGGUCAGACAUCUCGAUCGGGUAUGCUGGGAUGUCAUCCAGGAUCCGGCGACUCCGAUCGAGGCUGCUGUCGCGGUCGAGCCGAGCCACGGCAUCUUGAACUAUUUUGUGGCCUGCAAAAAGGGCGAUCCCUUCAUUCGACGCUGGCACGAAGUCUUUCUCGCGUUAUGGGAAGGCCGCACCAAUCUCCUCGGCAUUGCAGACCAUCCUUUGGUCUCGUUUGUCAAACAAAUUCCUCCCGACAAGCUCGAGAAGGCCGAAAACGGCAUAGCCGCCGAUUUCAAAGUACCCAUGACCCAAGUGUUUGAGUACGCAAUCCAAAUCGUCGUCUGGGGACGUCUCACCAUGCUCGAUGCCGACCCGGCCGACGGGUUCUCGUGCUCAGACUACUGGCUCAAUAAAAUUCUCUGGAUGGACGCGAUACAGGAAGCCUGGAGGGCGGAGAUGCUUCUAGGCUUCAAUGUAGGUGGGCAGAGUCUGCUUGAUAUCCUAACCACGCGCCUCGACAUCGACAAGGACAGCAAAGAGUACAGGCUGGCAGACAAGGUUGUUUGGCAGAUCUUGACGCAAGGGAGCAUGCAGAAGAUCUUUCGCGGCGGGAACAUUUUGGCGUCGGUGCAGCUGGGCACGAUGCUGGACAUGCCUGAGAAUGCGGGCAAAGAUCGAGGACAGGGCACAUUUGCGGAGCUGCUUCGGUACGGGACAUUGCACUGGCGGCAGAAAAGGCCUGCAUUGGUGAGCAUUACGCCAGUGGCCAAGCAGCCGCUUAUCAAGAAAGGACAUCUCGAGCCAUUUUAGUAGCCGGAAGUGAUGACGCACGACACGGAGGGCAUGAAAUCUCUUUUUCGCGCACGAGUUUGGGGGGCAUGAGCUUCCGAAAAGACUGACGGUCUUACAUUGACUACUACUCUGUUCUAUGGGCCAUUGGCAUCAAGGCUUCUGUCGAUGCUGAGCCUUAGCUGGUUGAGCUUCGGGUUAUCCCUCGUCAUGAACGGAACAAUGGUAGUGAAAGAAUUCGACUGAAUUAUAGAACUGCUAGGAACAGGCUUACAUGUAGACGUGACUUCGGU